AUGCACACAUCAUUAGGUAGUCAUAAACGUCGGAGCAAACAACCACAUAUUAUUGCUGGUAUAGUUACGCCAACGCUCUCUCAAUCAUCUAAUAUACAACAUGAACGUGCUAUUAUAGUUGAUACUAGUUCAAGUAUAUUUGGUAGUGAAUGUCAACGUUUGGUGAAUAUUGUAUUUCAAACAAGUCAAGCAUUUCCAUCAAUAAUGAGCACUUAUGGUAAUAUAAGUCAAUAUAUACGAAAAGAACUUUUUAGAAAAUAUCCUGAAGAAUAUUUUCAUAUAAUUAUUGGUGAAAAUAAUGCAUUUGGUUUUGCUAUUGAUGAUGGUGAUUAUUUUGCUGAAAUAGAACAAAAACAAUAUCGUGUAUUAAUCUUUACAACAAAGACAAAUCCAAAAGUUAUGUACCGUAUAGAUGAUAUCAAUAGUCAGAUGAAGCUCGAAUGGAAGCCACUUAUGGUUAAAAAAGUGAAAAAAUAA